AUGCAUCUCUCGCAGCUGUGCCUCCUCGGGGCUUCGCUAGGCGCCUGUCUGUUCGCCGAGGCCAAGCCGCUCGAAGACUUGCCGCAACAGCACGUCAUGGCCGAGCCCGACUCGACGCAGACCGCACAAGGACCUCGAGAGACCGGCGUCGGACACUUCAGCGAAUGGUCGCGCGAGACGAAGAGGCGCUUCCUCAUCGAUUGGCAAGCAGGGCGGUCCUCAGAGUGGACAAUUGUCCAGGGCAACGAAGGCGGCGAUCUCGACUCCAUGACUGCCGCCCUCACCUGGGCGUAUCACCUACAGCACUCGACUUUCAACACGUCGAACCCGAUCAAGGCCAUUGCUCUGCUGCAGACUCCGACCGAUGCCCUCGAUCUGCGACCCGAGAACAAGAUCGCCCUCGACAACUCCCAGAUGAGCUCAGGCCACUCGGACCUGCUCACCAUCGAAGAGCUUCCUGAGGAUCCGGAGACGCUGGCAAACGACAUCAAAGGCAUCGUGAUUGUGGACCACCCUGUCCCGCUGAGGAAGUGGCACGAUGCCAAGCUUCUGAGCAUCUUUGACCACCACAAGGACAACGGCGCCGGGCCUCAUGCCGAGCCGCGCAUCUUCGAAAAGGUGGCGAGCUGCACGACCAUUGUCGCGCGCCAGAUGCUCGACGAGCUCGAGGCCCUGCCGGAAGAGUACCACAUGCCCCACGAGCUUCUCGAGCUCAUCCUGUCGGCCAUCGCGAUCGAUGCCGGCGGACUCCGAGAUGCCACCGAAGAGGACCGCAAGACGGCGCAGCGAGUCCUGGACCGGAGCGACUGGCGCGGCACAGACCUGGAGGACAAGAUGGCCGAGCUCGACGACGAACUCAGUGCUGCCAAGAAGGACCUUGACCAUCUCGGCGUCCGUGAUCUGCUGCGGAGGGACUGGAAGGGCGACCUCGUCGACACGCCGUCGCCGCGCACGCCCACCGUCAGCCUCGGCUUCGGGUCGAUCCCGUACUCGCUCGAGGAGCAGAUCAAGAAGACCGAGUUCGGCGAGCUGUUUGACUGGUUCGCCAUCGAAGCGGCGUGGACGGCGCAGGUCGGUGCCGACAUUAGCGUUGCCCUCAACAAGUACAAGACCAGGGAUGCCAGCGGCAAGAAGCGCAAGAUCCGCGAGAUCGUCCUGGUGGUCCGCACCGAUGUGCGCAUCAACGAGACACAGGCGGACAGUCUUUUCGAGACGGUCGUGAAAGCCGUCGAGGCAGACGAGUCGCUGAACGUGAAGCCAUGGCAUCGGGCCGACGAGCUGGGCAAGCGCCAGAUGGUCUGGACGCAUGAGCGGGAAGACGCCGGGAGGAAGGUCAUCCGGCCCCUCAUUGAGGCCGCAGUCGAGGCCUGGGACUGA